GACACUGGGCAUUCAGUGGCUUCCAAAAUCAGAUAUUUUAAAAUAUAACAUUAAGAAGAUUACAAUUGACAAGGGUCCAAUUACGAAAAGAUCCAUAUUAUCUUUCAUUGCUCAAAUUUAUGACCCGUUAGGGCUUCUGAGCCCAGUAAUAAUUAUUUCUAAAAUAAUUAUUCAACGAUUAUGGUCUCUUAACAUUUCUUGGGAUAGCUCUAUUCCACCAGAGUUAGAAAAACUAUUUUUACACUUUCAAAAGGGCCUCUCUAGUAUUGCCCAGUUUAUUAUACCAAGAAAUGUGCUGACAUCUAGUUUUACACUAAUAGAAAUUCAUUGCUUCUGUGAUGCUUCUAAAGAUGCAUAUGCUGCCUCAAUCUAUUUACGUUGCAAGAACAGUGAUAAUCAAUUUGAAAGUCAACUGUUAUGUGCCAAAAGUAAAGUUUCCCCCCUGAAGUUAAUCACAAUUCCCAAACUAGAACUUUGUGCUUGUUUACUAGGUGCACAAUUAUUAAAUGUAGUCAGAAAUGCAAUUUCUUUCCCAGAUAAUGUGUCUAUUUUUAUGUGGUCUGACUCACAGGUAGCACUUAGUUGGACUAAAACCGAUCCUAGUCUUUUAAAAAUGUUUGUUGCCAAUCGAGUAGCUAAAAUACAAUCAUUAGUUGAUAUUAAUACCUGGCAAUACAUAAAUACAAACCACAAUCCAGCAGACUUAGCCUCUAGAGGCUUAGAUGCUGACAAGUUGGUGAAGGCGAAAAUUUGGUGGAUGGGCCCAGAGUUUUUAAAAUAUUCUAACUCUGAGUGGCCUGUAGAGAAUUUUAAUAUACCUAGGCAUGAGCUGCCAGAGAUUAAGCGAAAAUCUCUUAUUUUUAAAUCUGCAAAUUAUGACAGUAUUUUUUCUCAAUUUUCAAGUCUUGUAAAAUUAAAAAGAGUUGUGGCAUUAUGUAUACGGUUUUUCAACAAUUUAAAAAACAAAAGGCAUAAUAAAUGUAAAACAGGUAUCUUGACUAUUGAAGAAUUAGAUUAUGCUAACAUAAUGUUAAUAAAAUUGGCCCAGUCUAAAUCAUUUGACUCAGAGUUAAAAAUCUUAGCUAAGCACAAAAAUCUAGAUACAAAACCUAGACUUUUAUCUCUGUCUCCAUUUAUGGACGAAAGGGGAAUUUUGCGCGUAGGUGGGCGUUUAAGAACUACGUACUUACCUUACAAUUUUAAACACCCGAUUCUAAUCAGUUCUGAACAUCCACUUACUAAAUUAAUAUUUGAACACAAACACCAAUAUUUGCUCCAUCCUGGUCCCCAAUUAUUGCUUGCAUCUGUUAGGCAAUUUUAUUAUCCCAUUGGUGGUCGCAAUUUAGCCAAGAAAACUGUUAAAAAGUGUAUAACAUGUUUUAAAUUUAACCCUACACCGGCGGUGUAUCCAAUGGGAGGGCUCCCAAAUAAUAGAAUUAAAACUAGUUUUCCUUUUGAGACUACUGGGAUUGACUAUGCAGGUCCAUUUUUUAUUUUGAAUAAACCAGUUAGAGGGGCAAAGCUUGAUAAAAGCUAUUUAGCAUUGUUUGUUUGUUUUUGCACAAAGGCUGUGCACUUAGAAAUCGUUAAUGAUUUAACAAGUGAAUCAUUUUUAGCAUGUUUAAAAAGAUUCAUUGCGAGAAGGGGUCUACCAGCUACUAUCUAUUUAGAUAAUGGUAGCACCUUUCGAGGAGCUAAUAACGAGUUAAGAGACCUUGGCAUGUUUCUGCAUAAAAAUCAAAACUUUAUCGUUAAUUCGACGAGUAAUGACAAUAUUAAAUGGGUGUUUAUUCCCCCAUAUUCUCCUAACUUUGGUGGGUUAUGGGAGUCUGCUGUCAAAAGUGCAAAACACCAUUUGAAAAGAACUCUUGUCAAUAGGAAUGUCACUUUUGAAGAACUCAAUACAUUGGUAAUUCAAGUAGAGGGAAUAUUAAAUUCCAGGCCACUCUUUUCCCUAUCUGACAAUCCAAAUGACCUCCUUCCUAUUACUCCAUCCCAUUUUCUCAUCGGUCGACCCAUAUAUUAUCCUCCUGAACCUGACCUGCUUAAUGAGAAAUCCAGUCACCUGACCUGACCAGAAGCAUGUACAAAGGUUGGUCCAACAAUUUUGGAAGCGGUUUUCGAGCCAUUACAUCUCCCAGCUGCAGCGCCAAUACAAAUGGAAAGAAUCGCCCACUACAAUCAAAAAUGGAACCUUGGUCCUCAUUAAGAACGAUGCCAAACCUCCAUUUAGAUGGCCUUUGGGGCGAGUCCUACGUCUUCAUGCUGGCAAGGAUGGAAUUCAUCGAGUAGCCGAAGUCCAGACAACAAAUGGAACCACCACUCGAUCCGUACGUCAUUUGUGUCCACUACCAAUCCAAGAAGAAGUUGACAGCUAAUAAGUCAGGCCUACUGACCUGAGGAGUGACGGGUUUUAGUUUUUGAAUAAUUAUUUAGUUUUAGUAAUUUUGAUUUACAUGUUUUUUCAACUUUGUAUAUUUUGAAGGUGCCCUUCAAAAGGGGGAGUAUGUACAAUUUUGUUUUAUCACAACCCUAAGUAUAACGGUUUUUUUUGUACAACCCUACGUCAAGUCUGUCUGUCAAAGAUAUGUCGUGUGGGUCUUAUUCCUGUCAAUGUCUGUUGCUUUGGGUGCUCUGUCUGACCAUAACGUGUACCGAAUAAAUCGAUUUAAAAAUCUUCAACCAAAGUAUUUUUUAUUGAAGAAUCCAUCAUCCAGUUACAACAAAAAGAAAUUAGACACAGAACCAGCUGAAAUUCCAUCCAAUAUUCAGGACUUUGACUAACAUAUAAUCAAUAAAGAAAAGUAGAAGUGAAGAAUUUGAAUAGGACCUGAUUCUCUCAAUCCAAUAGGUCCCCAUGACGCUUUAGUAACUGCAAAUUUAGCAUCCAAGGCUCCCUUACAAUAAGGAAAAAUUAAUUAAAUUAAUAAGUUUAAAAUUUGAAAAAGGAACAGACCACGCCAUCGGUGAAAACUCGAAUAAUCAUAUAAAAGGACUACCUUGGUGUAUCUUGCUUUCGUGGUUGUGUCGAUCUCCGGCCACUAAAUCCCAAGCCGACCGGCUAUUUCCAGAUACUUCACUUAUUAAUUUUGUAUGAAUGGCUCCACCAUUGGCCCAAUUUUGGAAAUUUGACUAAGCGAAUGUUGUACCAUAUUACAUGGCGCAAUAUUUAAAUAUUAAAUUUCGAAAUGAAUAAUACUUUAACACAGCAUACGUUCAAAUAUAAUAAUUUUUGUUGUCAUUAUUAAACAUUUAUAACUUUACGAUUAAAGACAUAAUAACAUUUCUGAUUAAGACCUAUUAUCUCUUUCUGUGCUUAGAGUGUAUUAGAAAUGUGUACAUAAUUUGACUUAUAGUUCAUCUUUGGCUAAAAUCGGUAUACUAUCUUGCAUAAUUUGGAGUCUUGCAUAGUUCGGCA